CUCCUGGGGCUCUCCAGUUCCCUCCGCAGCCCGCCUUGGUGACAGCUGCUGUCCCUGUGAGGGAGGCGGGGAGAAAGGCACAGUUUCUAUAUUCCAAACGAGAAGACCACACCAUGCCUUCAGAGCUGCCAAAGGCUGAGGAGAAGCCCGGGGUCUGCCCCCAUCACCCGGGCAACCCUGCGGAGAACGGGAAGUCGGAGAUGGCCCGCUGCACGGGCCUCAGCGAGAAGGAGAGGAAGUGGAUCCGACCCGACAUGCCCAGCAAGUGUACCUGGCAGCUGGGCAAGCCCGCUUCCGAAUCUCCCCACCCUCACAUUUCCUUAGCUCAGACCCCCAAAAUCAUGCCAGAUAUCCUGAAGAAAAUUGGGGACACGCCUCUGGUUCGGAUCAACAAGAUCGGGAAGGCCUAUGGGCUGAAGUGUGAACUCUUGGCCAAGUGUGAGUUCUUCAAUGCGGGUGGGAGCGUGAAAGACCGGAUUGGCCUCAGGAUGCUGGAAGAUGCGGAGAGAGCGGGGAUUCUGAAACCUGGAGACACAGUCAUCGAGCCGACGUCGGGAAACACUGGAAUCGGGCUGGCCCUCGCUGCUGCUGUCAAAGGGUAUCGCUGCAUCAUUGUGAUGCCUGAGAAAAUGAGCAUGGAGAAGGUGGACGUCCUGAGGGCUCUGGGGGCAGAGAUCGUGAGGACACCCACCACCGCCAGCUUCGACUCCCCUGAGUCUCACGUAGGGGUGGCCUGGAGGCUGAAACAUGAAAUUCCCAAUUCUCACAUCCUGGACCAGUACCGGAAUGCCAGCAACCCUCUGGCUCACUAUGACUCCACGGCUGAGGAGAUCCUGCAGCAGUGUGACGGGAAAUUAGACAUGCUGGUAGCCUCAGCUGGCACUGGAGGUACCAUCACAGGCCUUGGCAGGAAACUCAAGGAGAAGUGCCCAGGUUGCAAAAUCAUAGGGGUUGAUCCAGAAGGUUCGCUCCUUGCUGAGCCAGAAGACCUGAACAAGACUGACAAGACCGUCUACGAGGUUGAGGGGAUCGGCUAUGACUUCAUUCCCACUGUCCUCGACAGAGCGAUCGUGGAUAAAUGGUACAAGUGCAACGAUGAGGAAUCUUUCGCCUUUGCCCGUAUGCUCAUCAGCCAAGAAGGACUACUGUGUGGGGGAAGCUCGGGCAGCACCAUGUCCGUUGCGGUGAAAGCUGCCCAGGAGCUGAAAGAGGGUCAGCGCUGCGUCGUCAUCUUGCCGGAUUCCAUCAGGAACUACAUGUCCAAGUUUUUGAGUGACAAGUGGAUGCUCCAAAAGGGAUUUCUGAAGGAAGAAGAUAUCAUGAUUAAUAAGCCUUGGUGGUGGCACCUGAAGGUCCAGGAACUAAGCCUCUCGGCUCCUCUGACGGUCCUGCCGGCCGUCACCUGCGAACGCACGAUCGAGAUCCUCCGUGAAAAGGGCUUCGACCAGGUCCCUGUGGUGGACGAGUCUGGGGUGAUACUGGGCAUGGUCACUCUGGCCAACAUGCUUUCCUCCUUACUCGCUGGCAAGGUUCGUCCUUCAGACCAAGUCAGGAAAGUCAUCUACAAGCAGUUUCAAAAGACACCAAGUGAUAUUUCAAGUGACGCCCUUAUUCCGAUUCGGCUGACGGACACCCUGGGCAAGCUCUCUCACAUCCUGGAGAUCGACCACUUUGCCCUCGUGGUGCACGAGCAGAUCCAGUCACAGAACCAGGCCUUGCCAGCAAUGGUGGGGGGCACUACAGACCACGGCAACAACGGGUCCAACAAGAGGCAGAUGGUAUUUGGCGUCGUCACGGCCAUCGAUCUGCUCAACUUCGUGGCGGCCCGAGAACGAGACCACAAGAAGGACUAGACGCAGAAGCCCCUUGGAAAAAGAAAUAGCUCAAACCUUUCCCCCAAAUCCCCGUGUCUCCUCCUCCCCUUUGUUCUCCCCUCUCCUUAGCAGAACAUCAGUUCAAGGUUGGGAGGGGAGGGGAGGUGAUUCCUGAACAUUAAACUCACAACUGACUGUUAACGCCCCAAAAUACAAAAGAUGCCAAACUUACUUGGCAAAUAAACAGGUCUUUAAAUCAGAGUACCCGACAGGUUCCAGCGACUUUUAGAAAAAGCACUCGCAGAACGUGUCUCUGGGGAUACAUGUUCUGCGAGUGCUUUUUCUAAAAGUUUGGUAGUUGUAAACCAACUUACACUUUCUUAAAAAAAAUUAUGUGAAAACAGAGUACUUAGAAAGAUGGUGGAAGUGUGGCAGAGGACUAGAGACAAAAUGGCCAUUUGCCUUGAAGCCCCCAGAGCCAACCCCAUUCCCUAUCUAGUGCUCAAAGGCCAAUCCAGGCCAAAGCUUGGGGUGGGGAGGGGCAGUUCCAUUAAACCGUUCUAAGGCUAUCAUCAAACUUCAUUUUCAUUUAUACCAAUAUAGCUUAAAACGGGUUUUCAAGAACCCAGCCAAAGGUCAACCAGCUGCUUCAAAGUGGAGGUCUUCCUAAGUCCUCAGUGGAGCGAAGCAGGAAGGUGAGACAAUAUCUUAGUGUGCUGACUGCCACUAACACUCUUGUGAGCCAAAGCCACACCCAAAGCUCAAUUUUUAUAACUGCGGGCUACCUAGCAGGGUUAGAGUUGACAGGGGAGAAAUCUGGGUCAAAAAUGUGCUUUUGCCUCAAAGUGGAUUCCAAUCCACUCUCUUUGGCCUUCUCGAGACAGCAAAUUUGCAUUAUCGACAUCCACCUAAGUGGUUCAAAGUUGAGCCGCUUCUCUGUAGGUGCAAGUAGUAUUUCAUACGCAUUGGCUAGCAAACACUUUAAUCUUUUUUAGGUCGCUCAGAAACGCUCGAUUUUUACGACAGCCGCACUACUGUGAUUUCCUGUGCUUUACUACUGACUGUUCAGAUAUAGUCUUAAAAUCCCAGAGGCCCAUAGUCAGACACACCAGUAUCUGUCAUUUUCACAGAAAAGCCGAGUCUCCAGAGAUGUGGGUCACUGGGUCAAGUAACUAACUGGGUGACUGGUGGCUCCUUAGCCGUCACCCCGUCUGCUUCAAAAUGGGCUGUGACCUCAAGAGGAUCACAUCACUUUCUCUUACAGUGCUUUCAGUCAACCUGUGCUUUCUUGGCAAGAGUCCCACUCCCUGUUGAACGCUUUGCAUAAUACAGUGUCCUACCGUAUUUAUUGUACUGCAGGAAUACUUCAAUAAAAACUGACGCCUUUUAAGUCGA